AAGAAGGAACGAAUACUCCGCGCGGAGGAGUUUCCAAACUCCUAAAUCAUGGGGAAAAACGGACAUCAGAGAUUUAGAUUGGGAUUAGUGCUUCUCUUUCUGUGGGUUCGGCUCCAAAUAGUUGACGCACAAGGUGAUGAUGACUUCCUGUUGGGGUUGGGUGAGCUGCCGGAGACCUUCCCCAGUGACCCUCCAGAGCCUCUCCCACACUUCCUGCUGGAGCCGGAGGACGCUUACAUCAUCAAGAACAAAGCUGUCAAUCUCUACUGCACGGCCACACCUGCCGCUCAGAUCUACUUCAAAUGCAACGGCGAGUGGGUCCAUCAGAGGGAGCACACUAUUGAGGAGCGGGUGGACGAGACAUCGGGUUUGGUGGUGAGGGAAGCACGGAUCGAGAUCUCCCGGCAGCAGGUGGAGGAGUUGUUUGGUUUGGAAGAUUACUGGUGCCAAUGUGUCGCCUGGAGCUCCGCAGGAACUACCAAGAGCCGCAAGGUGCACGUCCGCAUCGCAUUCUUGAGGAAGACGUUUGAGCAGGAACCCUUGGGGAAGGAGGUGUCACUCGAACAGGAAGUACUGCUGCAGUGCCGCCCACCCGAGGGCAUACCGCCUGCUGAGGUGGAAUGGCUGAAGAACGAAGAGAUUAUUGAUCCUGCAGACGAUCGAAAUUUCUACAUCACCAUCGAUCAUAACCUGAUCAUCAAACAGGCGCGGCUUUCUGACACCGCUAACUACACCUGCGUCGCUAAGAACAUUGUUGCUAAGAGACGAAGCACCACAGCUACAGUGAUCGUCUAUGUGAACGGCGGCUGGUCCACGUGGACGGAGUGGUCAACCUGUAACAGUCAAUGUGGGCGGGGCCUUCAGAAACGGACCCGCAGCUGCACCAAUCCCGCGCCUCUGAACGGGGGCUCACCGUGUGAUGGACAGGCCAUCCAAAAAAUUGCCUGCACCUCUGUUUGCACAGUUGACGGCAAGUGGGCCGACUGGAGCAAGUGGUCGGCGUGUAACACUGAGUGCACGCAGUGGAGGAAGAGAGAGUGUAACGCUCCUGCGCCUCAGAACGGAGGGAAGGACUGUGACGGAGUCACACUACAGUCACAGAACUGCACUGAUGGACUCUGCCUGCAAAGUUCAGUAUAUCAUCUAUCCGUUCAGCCUAAAGGAACGGGAGAGAAGGGGUUUACAUCUGCGCCGGGGGGAGACGAGGUGGCUCUGUACGUGGGUAUCGUCAUGGCGGUGGUCAUGUGUCUACUCGUCUCUGCUGUCGUGGCGCUGCUUGUGUACCGCAGAGCUCAUCGGCGCUUUCAUUCCGACAUCAUCGACUCGUCUGUGCUGAACGGAGGAUUCCAGCCUGUCAGCAUCAAACAAGCAUGCUCAGCGGAUUUGCUGGCCGCAACCCCCGAUCUGUCCACAGCGGCGGCGCUGUAUCGCGGUCCAGUAUAUGCCCUCCACGACAUCUCUGACAAAAUCCCCAUGACCAGCUCCCCUCUGCUGGAGCCGCUGCCGCUUCCCAACCUCAAGAUCAAAGUCUACAACUCCUCCGGCACGGUGACCCCUCAGGAGGACAUGACCUCUGACCUCUCCGCCACCCUGUCCCCCAAAGUCACCCACUCUCUUCUGGACAGCGACCCCAUGACCCUUCGCAACCAGACGCUGGCGCGAGCACGGGACCCCACAUGUACGGCGCUAGGGACGUUUAACUCGCUGGGAGGUCAUCUGAUCAUACCAAACUCAGGUGUGAGCUUGUUGGUUCCAGCUGGUGCGAUUCCUCAAGGUCGUGUGUAUGAGAUGUUUGUGACUGUACAGAGGACAGAGAGCAUGAGGCCAGCGGUCAGUGACGGGGAGGCUGUGCUCAGCACUGUGGUCAGCUGCGGUCCCGCGGGUGCCCUGUUGACCCGUCCCGUCAUCCUCACUCUCCACCACUGCACACACGCCCACUCCGACGACUGGCAAAUCAUCCUCAAGAGGCACACGCAGCAGGACCAAUGGGAGGACGUGGUCGUGGUUGGAGAGGAGAACUUCACUACUUCCUGUUACGUGCAGCUGGGGGAGGAGGCGUGUCACAUCCUGACCGAGACUCUCGGAUCCUACUGUCUGAUUGGCCAGAGCAUCUGUCCGUCAGCGGCUAAGCGAAUCAAACUGGCCGUGUUUGGUCCUGUCGUCACAGCAGGUGUAGACUAUCACAUCCGAGUGUACUGCCUCGACGACACGCAGGACACACUCAAAGAGGUGCUGCAGAUAGAAAAACAGAUCGGUGGAAAACUGCUGGAUGAACCAAAGUCUCUGAACUUCAGUUACAGCAACCACAACCUGAGACUGUCAAUACAUGAUAUUCACUCCCAGUGGAAGAGCAAACUACUCACCAAAUACCAGGAGCUGUCUUUCUCUCAGGUGUGGAGUGGAUCAGUGCGGCGGCUGCAUUGCUCCUUUACUCUGGAGCGUCAGAGUGUGAGUGUGUGUGAGCUGUGCUGCAAGCUGUGCGUCAGACAGGUGGAGGGAGAAGGUCAGAUCUUCCAGCUCUACACCACCCUGAGCGAGGAUGUCCAGAGCAUCGACACGUCCCUGAUGGAUCCAGGAAGCAGUAUCACGGUUCUUUCGGGUCCGAGCGCAUUCAGGAUCCCAGUCAGCAUCAGAAGCAAACUGUGCAGCAGCCUGGACAUCCCGCACACCCGCGGAAACGACUGGAGAAUACUGGCACACAAACUCAACCUGGACAGGUAUCUCAACUAUUUUGCGACUAAGACGAGUCCGACCGGAGUGAUUCUGGAUCUCUGGGAAGCUCAACACUUCCCGCACGGAAACCUCAACCAGCUCGCCACCGUCUUGGAGGAGAUGGGUCGCCAUGACAACAGCAUCGCCGCCAUGGCCAGGGAACAGUGACCCUCACAUCGAUGACAAUGUCCAGCUCAAGUUGUGUUGCCACUCAAUCAAAAACCAAGACGCUGUGCGCGGCAUCUUAUUCAGUUUCUUGGAAACAUGCGGCGCUGCUGUCAGUGAAUGUGGAUGCCGCCAGUUUGGGGUCAAAGGUGAAGCAGGAACAGGGUCCAGACGCUUCAGGCUCAACCAGUUUGCACGACAGCAGAAAUCUCCCACUGUAUCAUCCUCUAGUCAUGGUUUUUACUGAAUUUUGUGGUGCCAUCUAGUGGUUGCAGAAACAACAAAUGCUCAUGUAAUAUAAUAUUUUGAGACAUGAAUACAGUAUUUAGUGUGAGUACCUUAAAGUGGCCUUUAAAAUCCAGUUACAGUUUAGAUUU